AAUGCCAAGCCCAACUUCGUUGGGAAAGGUGCUUCUUUACCUCCCAUCUCCGCCGAGCUCUGGGAGCGGAUCUCAUCGUUGUUCCUGGUCAAAGCCGCUCGUCAUCAAGGACAAGACGGCCUACAUACCCGAGGGGUGGUUGCCUCAUCUGAAUCAACUGAGCAAUCCCACUUUCCUCUCGGCUGUAGGCCUGUGUCCGUAUAUGCCGAGAGACGAGGCCAUGGGUCAGAUGGAUGAUGCCUCCAAAGGCCAAGUGGACAGGCCGUCUUGGUUGGCGAAGGUACUCGACGCCAGUACCUUCAGAGCUUGGAAGCGUCAGCAGGCAGCCGAGCAAGCCAUUCAUGAGCAAAUGGCUCCCCCUCCUGCUGAGGAGAAGAAGACGAGGAAGGCGAGCACGGACGCGGCUCCUACUUCCAAAUGCAGGGCUGGCGGCACAGGGAAACCCGUCUUCAAGUCAAUGACGUCGAAGGCUUCUAAGGAGUUUGCCAUCCCCAAGGCUGCAUCUGCUUCUCCUAGCUUGGAGAAAACUGGAGGGACAGCUGAUCCUCUUGCGGGGAUUCCUGAAGUCGUCCGCCGCAACAUCCCUCUGAGGGCGGCGGAGAGAGCUAGGAAUUCUGGGGAUCCCUUCUUCAGGCGGGUUCAAUCUCAUGACCGUAGGAAGAUAAUGACGCUGAUGCGCAGUCCCAUUCCUCCCCAAUAUGCUGAAACUCUUCCUGAGGCGGCCGAGAAUAUGCUUGCCGCCAUGCAGUCCUCGGCGCUGGACAUGUUCAUUCUGCUGGACUCGCUGAAAAAGUGGCGCACUGCUUUGGUGCAUGAAGAAGCUCGUCACCGUCUUCUGGCCAGUCAGUGUGGUGACCAGCAUUUUGCUGCACUGGAGAAGCUUCGCUUAGACAGGCGGGAACAGAUUGACGUUGUGACUACUGCCCUGGCCUCUCAAAAUGCUGAGAACACAAAUCGUCUCCUGCAUAUUGAUCAGAACUUUUCUGAAAUGGAGGAUCUUUCCAAGAAGAUCAAGGAGAAAGAGGCUGAGUUUUCUCGUCUGGAGACUCAGUUUAAGGAGUUGGAGGUUCAACUGGAGGCGGCUAGCAAGGAAGUCGCUUCGUCACAGAGCGUCCUUGACCAGUCGGCCAUGCUGGGUGAGAAAUCGAUCCGAAGAGGUAUGGAGAUUGCAUGGAAUGCUGAAUUUGCAAGCGAACGUCCCUUCAGCUGGUUUGAGAAGUUUCUCACCUAUCAGAUUGAGGUGGAGAAGGCUCAAAGGGAAGGACGCACCCCUCCUGAGUUCGUGCCCAGCGAGGAUGAGGAAUGAGUUCCUACGCGUCUUUGCUUUUAUUAAUGUGUUUUGUUUUUUUUUUUUUUUUUUUUUUUUUGCACAUGUUCUUUGGACGCCAUGCUUGGUGGCUUUUGUGCAUAAUUCUUGUAAUUAUGGCUAACUUUUUGGGAAUGACAUGAUGCCCUUUUGAACGUCUUA